AUGUCUGGAACUGAGUGUGGGAUGCUGGUGGCAAUGAGACUGAAUGCUAAAAGAGAUGGAAAGAACAUCUUUCUUCAGAUAUCAGUGAAGAAAGAUGUUCUUGAAUCCUGUGCUAACUAUAAUACAAAUGAACAAGUCCAGAGAAAUACUUUGCAAAUUCUCACUAUUGAUACCGAUACUUCUGCACAUACAUUAUCUGAAUUGCUGAAUAUUCCAGAUUUUGGCCUGCCAAGGUUUGCCAACACCCCCAACCCCCAAUUGCCUAUCAAGGGAUGGCAGUUGAUUGAAAACAUUUAUGUAGGAUCUCUCUAUGAAGAUAUAAACCCAACUAACAAUUAUGUUCACCUCAUGAUUUCACAAGUUCUACUCCUAGUGUCCAGAAAUAAGAAGACCAAGCUGGCUGCUUCAAUGAAGGAGCAGUACAGAGAAACCUGCGAGGAGUUACGGAGGUUGCUAAGCCAGCAGCACCUGAAGGAGGUGUGUAAAGACCGCGUCACCCAGCUGGCCCUGAAGGAGGAGCUGAACAAGCAGAAGGAGAUGGAGGAGGCCAUGUACAUCGCUCUCUGGGAGGAGGACCGGUUAGCCAAGGAGAAACGAGCCUCUGAGGAGGCCAACAAGCGGUCCGGUUGGAGGGAGGAAAUGAUUAGUGCGCUCAACGCCCAGAGGGCCAUCGCGGAUGCUCAAAGGGACGAGGCUAGGCGACUGAAGGAAGAAGAGGCGAAACUGAUGAAAGCCAAGUCGCCCAAUACAAGUGAGGAUAGCCAGAAGCAACUGUUUUAUUGGAGGGCUCAGGAAGCAAAGCGCCAUGAAUAUGCCCGCUAUGCCAAAACCCACGAAGUUGGGAUCAUUAAGGGUAAAAUGGAGGAGAUCAGCGAACAGAAACGACAUCACCGGGAGGUUCAGAAGAGAAUCGGCAUAGAAAUGCAGGCUUAUCUGGCUGGUGAAGAAGAAAGGAAAGAAAGACUUCGGGAUCUCCUGGAAGCUGAAGAGAAGGGCUUCAUUGCCGAAAUGGAAUCGCAGGAAGAAUCCAUCGAGGGACAGCAGAACAGCAUGAGAAUGAGAGCCAAGGAGCUGAGGGAGAAGCGGGAAGAGGCUCGGCGGAAACUAGUGGCAGAGAAACGGGAACUGCAGUUCCGAUGUGGUUGGGCGAUAGCGAAUAUUCGGAUCCUUUUUGGGGAAGUGUGCUCGUUUGCGGCCAGAGAAUCGGGGAUGCGCCAGCCUCCAAAAGCACAGCAUUUUCACAUGCCACGACGUGUGAAGAUGUGA